AUGGCGUCUGCUGCGGCAUCCUCGUCCUCCAGAACGAAACACUCGCUUCGACGUCAUGAUUUUUACAGCCAUCAUCGGGAAAAGCUUUUCUCAUCAUCAUCUUCCCUGCGGCGACACCAUUCAAACAACGCAUCGUCGUCAUCAAUCGUGGUCUCCUCUUCCGCGCGAGAACAAGAGCAACAACCGUCGUCGUCUGAAUCGUCCUCGUCGGAGAAUAGUGUGUUGACGCGAACGGCAGAGGAGGCGAUCAGAAACGCAGCAACAGCAACAGCAUCAUAUAGGACUACUACUACUACUACGAACAAGUCGUCUAGUGUAUCGUCUCAAUCGUGGCAAAUCGAUUUCUGCUCUCGCCCUUUGAAAGACGACCGAGGGAAGAAAGUGUGGGAACUAUUAAUCACGGACGAAGACCGAACGUUCGAACACGCGGAGUUUUUCCCGAACAAUCGAAUCAACUCGGUGGAAUUAUCGAAAGCUUUGCAGAAAGUCGUCUCGAAACGAACGGAGGAAACCGGCGAAGGCCCGAGAAGAGUUAAAUUUUUCCGGAGUCAAAUGAUGACGAUCAUCACGAGAGCGUGUAAAGAGUGCGAGUUGGAACCGUUGCCAUCGAGGAGGUGUCAAACCAUGCUGAACUGGUUGGAGGAGAGGAUGGAGACGGUUUAUAAGAAACAUCCGGGGUACGAUGCGAACUCGGCGCCGUUGAUGACGUUCGACGCGCAAGCGCCAAAGCCGUUGCCGGACGCGUUGCGAGGCGAGUCGUGGGCGUUUGUCGCUUUGCCUUUGGUCGGGGUGAAAGAGGAAAUGGAGAGCGUGGCGAGAGGUAAAGCGUUUGGAGAUUUGUUAAACAUCGACCCGGAUUUACCGGACGACACGCUGAUACCGGGCGUAGUCGUCUAUACCGCGCGCGCGGCGGCUUUGAGCGGAUGGACGAAAGGCUUAGAGUUGAGCGCGAUUACGGUGGAUCUGGAAAGCUCUUCCAUCGUUUUGGAAACCGGCGUAAAUGAAAGUUGGAACUACGCGUUCUUCCGAAGAACUAAAGAGUUGAGAGAGGAAGCCCGAGAAUGGGAAGGCGUGAAGAGACAAACGAAAGGGUUGCACUUCUUAGCCAUUCAAACCGACGCAGACAGCGAAACCACGGAUGGAUUUUGGGUGUUGCAAGACGUCAAAGGCGCGCAGUUUUAA